UUUUAUUUUGUAUUUAUUUACCUGUUUCGGCGUAUCGAUUUGGUUCAUAAUGUCUUAUAUUUUUCCUUUUAUUUAAGCUACAUGCAUUUGAGAAAUUUCCAAAUUUUGUAUUGUUGCAUUAUCACCACAAAGCUUGAAAAUUAGCAAGUUUUAAGCAUUGGUGAAUUGAUUACUGCAGAAUGAAUGCUUAAACCAUGGAAUAGAAAGGGUGGUGGUGUUAUUAUCUAGUUAAUUAUCCAAUAUGGUCACUGCUUCCCAGCUGUGCCGGUUCAUCUGUGGCACAAUAAUUGGAUUUGUGAUAACCACGCAAUUGAGGUACAUGCUUCUUCAGAAACCAUCAUGCUUACUUUCUCCCAAUAAAAUUAGUUCUACUAAAGAUGCCGCACCAAGUAAAGAAUUCUCAGUUGAUGAUGUCGUUAAUACCUCCAACUUGCCUGAUGACAAAAAGUUAAUAUUUGUUGGUGUAAUGACAGCGCAGAAAUAUCUGGACACCCGAGCCUUGGCUAUUCACAAUACUUGGGGUAAGACAGUACCUGGGAAGUUGAUAUUUUUCUCGAGCUUCAGCUCCAGGACAAAUCAUUCGCUUCCUCUGGUUCCUCUGAAAAGUGUUGACGAUUCUUAUCCUCCUCAGAAAAAGUCCUUCCUAAUGUUGAAAUUUAUGCACGAUCACUUCAUCGAUGAUUUCGAAUGGUUUAUGCGAGCAGAUGAUGAUGUUUACAUCAGAACAGAUCACCUUGAAGCCUUUCUCAGGUCCAUCAAUAGCAGCAAACCUCAGUUCAUCGGACAAGCCGGCGUUGGGAAUAAAGCGGAAUUUGGACAGCUCAGUUUGCAGCCUGAUGAGAAUUUCUGUAUGGGUGGUCCAGGAAUGAUUCUGAGUAGGGAUACUCUUCGUCUGCUUAUACCUCAUAUCCGCUACUGUUUGAAAAAUCUGUAUUCAACCCAUGAAGACGUUGAAGUUGGAAGAUGUGUGCGGAAGUUUGUAGGCAUCCCUUGCACGUGGUCUUAUGAGAUGCAGAGCAUAUUCUAUCACAGCUUUAGUGGAGAAGAAGUGUUCACUGGUCGCUUAAAGACUAAAGAGAUCCACAGAGCUAUAACUCUCCAUCCUGUUAAGCAGCCACCCUACUUAUAUCGAAUGCAUAGCUAUUUCUAUGGUUUGCAGUCUCAGAAUCUGAGAUAUAAUUCUCUCAAUCUCUAUCGCGAAAUUUUAGAUAUGGAGAACCUUUUACAGGACACGAAGCCGUUUAGCAACACAGAGCAAUUGCUCCACUUCAAUACUUCAAUAUUAGGCAUGAAACCUGUUCUAAAUAAAUUUAAUCCGACCAGCAGUGAUGAAACUUUGAUUUGGGAUUUCGUUAGUAAGCAUAUCUAUUCAGCUGGUAGUUUGAAUCCCAAAAAGCGGUUAGAAUCUUAUCAGCAGUUAGCUGUGAAUGAUGUUGUGAUGGAAGUAAUGGAAAUUAUUAAUAAGUACUCCAAACAAAGAGGCAGGGUGAUCGAUUUCAAAGAAAUACUUUACGGGUAUGUUCGAGAGAACCCCUUGUUUGGUGUGGAUUACAUUCUAGACAUGCUGUUAACUUACCGUAAAUACAGAGGAAAGAAAAUGACAGUUCCUGUUCGGAGGCACGCUUAUCUCCAGAAAGCUUUCUCUCAAUUGGAAUUCAGAGAGGAGUAUACUCAGAAUAAUCAACCUUCAUCCGUUGAUGCAUUGCAAACUCAUGUGAAUAUUAUUGUACCUUUGUAUGGACGUUUGGAAAAUUUUAAGCGUUUCAUUAAUAAUAUCGAAAAUGUAUGUCUUCAGGUGGGUGAAAAAAUAGGUCUUGCCGUGAUCUUUUUCGAAUCUGAUGGAGAAGAUUCCACAGAAAGCAAAAUUGUUUUCGAAGAUCUUAAAAGGAAAUAUCCAACUUACGAUAUCCGCUUAAUUGAAGCAAAAGGUCCAUUUUCCAGAGCUUCAGCUUUGGAAAUAGGUGCGAAAGCAUUUUCAUUGGAUUCUCUCUUAUUUUUUCUUGACGUGGACAUAGUUCUUGACUUAGGCGUGAUAGAAAGAAUACGAUUGAAUACAAUUCGGUCAAAGCAAGUCUACUUUCCUGUGGUCUUCAGCGAAUAUGAUCCAGAAUAUGUGGAAAAUGAUUCGGAUUUGCCAUACCUUAGCGAAGAGAGAGGCUAUUGGCGACAGUUUGGUUAUGGUAUCGUAAGUAUAUAUCAUUCAGAUCUGAGGGAUGUAGGUGGUUUGGAUACUUCGAUUCGAGGCUGGGGUAAAGAAGAUGUAGAUCUAUAUUCCAAAGUCGUUCGUAGCAAUUUAACCGUACUUCGAGCGGCGGAUCCGGGAAUCGUCCAUAUUUUUCAUCCUAUCACUUGCAGUCCAGACUUAGAAGAUAUACAAUACGAAAUGUGUUGGGGAAGCAAGCUGUCAAGUUUAGCUUCGCAAAAAACAUUAGCAAAAAUCAUUUUAAGCAAUAAGCAGAAAUACUUAACGAACAGGUGAUGUCGCAAUUAAAUUAUCAUUCUAUUUAUUUUAUUUUUAAGUAUUCGUCUUCAGAAUCUUGCCACAAAAGAUCUCGAAAGUUUGAAGAGUAGUAUUUCGUAGAGAACUGACCUGCAUUUUAAACUGAUAAAGAAUCUCUUAUAAAUUUUUAUGUAUUAUUGUGCAAUGUUAAUAUAGCGCAGGAGCUUAAUAUUAACCCAUUAAUAAGUGUUUGUUACUAUAAAUGUAUUUUUGUAUUUUUAUAUCAUACUUAUAAAUUGUGCCAAAAUGUAAGAUGUGCCAUGAAUCUCUCUUGUAAUGAACGUUAUUAUAUUUAUCAAAAAAAAAUAUUUUUAU